UUACAAAAUAAAAUUUUAAGUAUUUUUAAUUUCACUUUUAUAUUAAUUUUUAUAAUUAAAAAUAAUAAAUAUUUUAAAAUGCGUGAAAUAGUUCAUAUUCAAGUAGGGCAAUGCGGCAAUCAAAUUGGCUCAAAGUUUUGGGAAGUAAUAAAUAAUGAACACGGUAUUGAUGCGACAGGUGAAUAUCACGGAGACUCCGAUUUACAAUUAGAAAGAAUAGAUGUUUAUUACAACAAAGCAACCGGUGGCAAAUAUGUUCCGCGAGCGAUUCUCGUGGACUUGGAGCCUGGAACUAUGGAUUCAGUUCGUUCGGGACCGUAUGGACAAAUUUUCCGUCCCGAUAAUUUCGUGUUUGGGCAGUCAGGAGCAGGCAACAAUUGGGCUAAAGGCCACUACACAGAAGGCGGCGAAGUUGUGGAUUCAGUGUUAGAAGUAGUGAGGAAAGAAUCCGAAGCCUGUGAUUGUCUGCAGGGUUUCCAGAUGACUCACUCACUUGGGGGUGGAACCGGGUCAGGUUUGGGAACGCUGCUUAUUUCUAAAAUACGUGACCACUAUCCUGAUAGAAUGAUGGCCACAUUUUCAGUAGUACCGUCGCCAAAAGUUUCCGAUACUGUUGUCGAGCCUUACAACGCAACGUUGGCUACUCAUCAGUUAAUUGAAAAUACCGAUCAGUCUUAUUGUAUUGACAAUGAAGCGCUUUAUGACAUUUGUUUCCGCACAUUGAAGCUCACGUCGCCCAGUUACGCUGAUUUGAACCAUCUCGUAUCAGUAACAAUGUCAGGGGUUACAACUUGUUUCAGAUUUCCCGGUCAAUUGAAUGCCGACUUAAGAAAACUUGCUGUCAAUAUGGUUCCAUUCCCUCGAUUACAUUUUUUUAUGCCGGGUUUCGCGCCUCUUACAGCACGUGGUAGUCAACAAUACAAAGUUUACUCAGUUCCAGAAUUAACAAUGCAAAUGUUCGACACUAAAAAUAUUAUGGCUGCUUGCAAUCCAAGGCACGGUAGAUAUUUAACAGCCGCGGCUAUUUUUCGGGGUAGAAUGUCAAUGAAAGAAGUUGAAGAGCAAAUGAACAAUAUACAGAAUAAAAAUAGUGCGUAUUUUGUUGAAUGGAUACCAAAUAAUGUUAAAACUGCAGUCUGUGAUAUUCCGCCUACGGGAUUAAAAAUGUCAUCGACUUUUAUUGGAAAUUCAACGGCUAUAAUGGAAUUAUUUAAACGUCUUUCGGAGCAAUUUAAUGUUAUGUUUAAAAGAAAAGCAUUUUUAUAUUGGUAUACUAGUGAAGGCAUGGAUGAAAUGGAAUUUGAAGAGGCGCAAUCUAAUAUGAAAGAUUUAGUGUCUGAGUAUCAAGAGUAUCAAGUUAAUCAAAUUUUAGUAAACCAAUUAAUGAACUGUAAAAAAUUGCAAGUGAUUACGGAUUUUAUUUAA